UGCAGUAGGCAUGAACAUACUUGUAACAUUACAAACGCGCUCUACAUCUAAUGCGUUAUACAAAACAAUUAGUGUACUCAUAUCAUCUCUCGAUAUAAAAAGGAACUGGGGAGAUGCAAUAUGGCUUUCAUUCGUCUAAGUUGAUAUCUGCCAUGGGCUUUUAGGAAAGAGUCCUUGUUAGACUUAUGAAUAUCUAUCUAUUGAUAGCGAAGUUAGACAUCGCAAAUCGUUUAAUAUAUCUUGUCAUUUCGCGCGGGGCGGUCUCAGGAUUCGUGACACUUUCAAGUAGCUACAACACCUGAUGCAAGUGCUGGUAAUAAAAUUCAAAAAAUAAAAAAUAUAUAUAUUGGAAAAACGGACCCUUCGUUGACAUGACGCGGAGUUUUUUUUUUUAUUAGAUAUGACUUGCCAAUUACAUAUAUGGCUUUGUAUUCCAUUUUCAACUCCGUGCGGAUAACAUAAUUUAGAAAAUAGCCGUUUAUUUGCAUAAAAUGAAUUAUCAACAUGGCUUGUUGUUUGACCAAAGAGGGCAAUUCUGACACUAAUGUCAUUCAUUUAAACAAGUCUUUUUACACGAUUCAAACUAUACCAAGGAUUAAAUCGAGCGAUUGACUCAUAGUCCAUUUUUGCGUCAUACAAGGUGGCCAACGGUUUGUUGUAUAGCAUUUAUCGCUAGGUUCUGUGUUAUUGCAGUUCGAUGGUCAAAAUGCCUGUUACGCAAGCAUAGGGAGCUUUAUAUCCAUCUUGAAUAUGUCAAUAUUCGGCGAACGCUCAACGUAGAUGCGAACAUCACAGAUGUCAUCUUAUAAGCAUAAAUAGUGAUUCUAAUUCCCUUUCACAGUAGUGGUAUAGAAUAUGAAAGCUUCAAAUGAAGGGGAUUUGAAAAUCACAGUCGAAGCGAGAACUGAAAUAUGAACAGAUUGGGGUUUUUAUUCAUAAUUUCCAUAACAUCCGAUGUACCCAGGAUGUCCUGAAAUGCGAAGCCACCGGAGCUGGUUGUCAAAGAUGUCAUCUCUUCGCCAAGAGUAGAGAUUAAUCCGCAUGAGAAUUCCAUUUUCUCGCCUGGUAAAGAGGAAAAGUGGGAAGACAAGAAAGCGACUCAAUACGUCAACGUUUACAAGAAAUCCCUGUCAUUCAACAACGCCGUCGACAUUUUACGGAACUGGUCCUACCUUCUCUCGGAGUUUGCUUUUUAUAAUCAACGGCAGGAGGCGAGGGACGAAUCAAAGAAGUGUGAAUCAACGCAGUCUAAUCAUACGAGGAAGUUUAUUGUUUGAACUAAUUUUCGUGUAAUAAUUGCUUGGGGAUUCAAAAGCCGGAUAAGCGGGAAUAGGGUCGACAAUACAAAAUUUCAUAUCACCUGAAAAAGCAAAUUUGUGUUCUAAUUUGGGAAAAAGAAGGAAGUCACAGAAUUGUAGCCUUCAUCUUGUUGUGUUGGUUCCGGAAUAUUUGGUAUUUUUUUUUUAAAAAAAAGGAACGCAUCUAGUAAUUCCUCGGAGGCAAAUUAAGUAACUAUCGAAUGGAAGAGUGUCUAGAGGGUAGUCGAUACGCGCUUCAAUAUGACUAGAAACCAUAGUGCUCUUGCCGCGCAAGGGAACUUAACCUCCGUCGUUGGUAUGGAAACGUAUAUGCAGGUCGAACUGGCGUCUGCGGCAAUUCUGAUUUUUCUAUGCCCCGUUACCAUCGCUGCGAAUUCACUACUUCUCACAGCUAUCUAUCGGGACCCAUUAAGAAUCUUCAGAACCCCUACAACGUUUUUCAUCAUCGGUCUAGCGUGUUCUGAUUUGGUGACCGCAGUCGCGGUAGAACCAUUUUUUGCGAUGAAUUACAUAGCGCAUUACAUUGAGUGUGGGCCUGUUAUUGACUGCGAGCCCUCGAAAGUCUUCCUAGUUCUGCAUAGAGUGGGAGGAAUCAUUUCUACUAUCGCGAUUAGUACGUCAUUUCUGGUCGUGCUCGCGCUGUCAGUCUCCCAGUACAUCGCAGUCACAUAUCCCCACAAGUACAAAGACUUGAUCACCCGCAGUCGAGUUGUUUGGUGCGUCGCGUUCAGCUAUAUCUACUUUAUUGCAUUUAGCUUGCUUCAAUUCACUGGUUUAGACACCUAUACUUAUCUACAAAUCGACCUGGUUCUACAUCCUACGCUCAUCUCUAUCGUGUUGGCAGUAGUCCAUUCGUUACUGUACAUGUCAUUCCGUCGUCAUCUCAACCGUAGGAAUACGCUAAAGCGCCGAAGCACUCCACAUAAACGCGAGAAAUCCGACAGGCGCUUAAACCGCGAGAAAACCCGCCAAAGUGACCGCCAGUUUACAAUAGUGACGUUCUACCUAGCAGGGAUCCUGCUGGCUUCAGCAUCGCUACAUACGAUCAUACUCUACGUGUAUUUCUACCACAAGGAAAGAUCUCAUCAAGCAAACGUGGAUAUCCAUAUCUGUUUACGGAUUAGCGAUCUGUUGUUGUUCCUAAAAGUCAUGCUAGAUCCAUUUAUCUAUGCCUGGAGGUUACCGGCUUAUAGAAAAGCACUCAAAAUCACUCUGAUCUCCACUCAGCAGCGGCUCAGGCCACACAAAUACAAAACCGAUGGACUGUCAACGGUACACGAAAGCAAAAAAAUCAUGGACUCAGCCUUGAAUUAAAGGGAAAGGUGUGCAAAUCAAGCGUUGUUUCGUGUUUUUUUAGAGAAAUUCUAAAAUAACAAACAAGCCUAUUUUUAAUUAUAACAGUAAAAACAACAAAUGGCGACACUUUGUUGAAAACUUUGUUUAUAUAUUGUAUCAAGGUCGAAUACCACUCUUGCUGAAAUCACAUAUCCGCCACUCAUACUUGUGCUCUGUACAUACCGAAAUACCAUAGCACUGUUUUAAUAUCUUAUCAGCUCAGAUCCUCAUUAGUGAAAUACAAUAUAAGUAAUGGUUGUAUAAAGGCACGAUAACUCUCAAAGAUUUUAGAACGGCUAUGGAAACACCAAACUUUGACGUUGGCAUUGAAAAAUAUGUCAAUUUUGGACGGCUGGAAUAAUCAAAACAAGAACGCAUAAGAAAUAUUUAUGAAUUUUUUUAUUGAGUGGCAUAGCCAUUUGAAAACCAAUCGAUAGUCAUUCAUUACAAUCAUAGAUGAUGAAUAUACACAGCUGAUAAACAAUUGAUAACAUUAUCAUCGUGAUUAUCAAGUUUGUGAUUGAUAUCACUUUUUUCCAGUUACAAUUGAUAAAAGUGCCUGUCUAUAAAUCACUGAUUGUUCUGAGUACCAUCAAUUCUAUCAACAGUUCAACUGGAAAAUAAUCCGUUUCUUAUAAAUCGAACGCUGCAAAUGAGGACAUUUGAGCGGAGAUCCUUUUCACGAGUGAUGAAAAAGAAAUCGACGCUAUCGCGUUUAAUCUAAUUGGGGAAAUACGAUAAGCAGAUGGACAGCGCAACAAGCUUUUUCUUAGGAAUUUGUAAGGUUGUCGGUAUUACUCAGGGAUUUGUAAGGUUGUCGGUAUUGCGUCAAGCCCUCUUGCUAAGUGAAUCUCCUCUUGAGCGCGUUAUCAAGUCAAACUGAUUGGCUUAUUUGGAGUAGGCUGGGAACAUUUUAGUGACCUAAGUGUAUCAAUUAUAAUAAACCACAUUCUAAGUGAAUAAAAACACAUGCUUUCCA